UUCUUCCAGUACUGCCUGUCAGGACAUCCAACCUUACCAUGCAACGUGCUCAAGUUCAAAUCCACCACCAUCAUGUUGGACUGCGGACUGGACAUGACGUCUACCCUCAAUUUCCUCCCGUUGCCGCUGGUUCAGAGCCCCAGGCUGUCCAAACUUCCUGGUUGGGUUUUGAAAGAUGGAAGCACAUUUCUGGACAAGGAACUAAAGGAGUGCUCUGGCCAUGUGUUUGUAGACUCGGUGCCUGAGUUCUGUUUACCAGAGACUGAGCUGCUUGACCUCUCCACAGUAGAUGUAAUCUUGAUCUCAAACUAUCACUGCAUGAUGGCGUUGCCCUAUAUCACAGAGUACACAGGAUUCACUGGAACAGUGUAUGCCACCGAGCCCACUGUUCAAAUUGGCAGACUUCUCAUGGAAGAACUGGUGAACUCCAUUGAACGGGUGCCAAAGGCUCAGUCUGCCUCCAUGUGGAAGAACAAGGAGGUACAGAGGUUGCUGCCCGCCCCUCUGAAGGACGCAGUGGAGGUGUCUAUGUGGAGGAAGUGCUACACCAUGCCAGAAGUGAAUGCUGCGCUCAGUAAAAUCCAGCUGGUGGGGUAUUCUCAGAAAAUUGAGCUGUUCGGUGCUGUGCAGGUCACCCCUCUCAGCUCAGGCUACGCUCUUGGAAGUUCCAAUUGGAUUAUCCAGUCACACUAUGAAAAGGUUUCCUAUGUUUCAGGAUCUUCUCUGCUUACAACACAUCCUCAGCCCAUGGACCAAGCUUCUCUUAAAAAUAGUGAUGUUCUCAUCCUGACGGGUCUCACACAAAUCCCUACUGCCAACCCAGAUGGCAUGGUGGGAGAGUUCUGCAACAACCUGGCUAUGACUGUCCGGAAUGGAGGAAACGUGCUGGUUCCCUGUUACCCUUCUGGAGUGAUAUAUGAUCUGCUGGAGUGCCUGUACCAGUACAUCGACUCUGCCGGACUCUCCAACGUCCCUUUUUACUUCAUCUCGCCUGUGGCCAACAGCUCCCUCGAGUUCUCCCAGAUCUUUGCUGAAUGGUUGUGUCAUAACAAACAAACAAAGGUGUAUCUUCCAGAACCUCCUUUUCCCCACGCUGAG